AUGAAGCCGGGAAAUCCACUGUCGGGCACACCCGAGGCCAACGUUGAGCCGGAUCACAGCAUCAUCUUGCACGGGCCUGGACCAGGCCUCGAAAUGUCUGAGACCAGUCCCAACGUGGUGGUUGCUGUUGUCCUCAUUCUCCUGAUCAUUCUCGUCGGCGCGCUCAUCUGGAAGGCACGCUCCGUGGCCAAUGAGUUUGCGCGUACCAUGUUUGGCUCCCGCGGGGGUCGAACGCAGGGGGAUUCGGCCGUUUGA